AUGGCGUUCGAGGAAUCCGAUGUCGGCCAACAGGGCUAUUCAGCGUCCAUAAACGAGAAAACCCAUGCUGCUAGGCCGGUAGAGGAUAGUUCGAGCGACGGUGUUAGGUCCUUGAGGAAUUCACCGCAGGACGUGGAGCCAGGUAUUGAUCAAAACCAGGACAAGGAUCUGACGAGAACCGCGACAAACAUGAGCCAUGUUGGUGCUUUCGCAGCUAGAACCCUGUCAAUUGUCCGCACCAGAGAAUCGGGAAAAGAUCUCGGUCCUCCUCCAGAUGGUGGUUUUCUUGCCUGGUCACAGACGUAUUACACCGAGACCUUGGGACGGUCUCCGUCAGAUAUUUCUUGGGUUGGGAGCAUCCAGAUCUUCCUACUUUUCUUCAUUGGCGUGUUCUCUGGUCGGGCAACCGAUGCUGGCUACUUCAAGGUCAUUCUGACAAUGGGCGCAGUGCUGGAACUGUUCUGCAUUUUCAUGACUUCUCUGUGCACCAAAUACUGGCAAUUGUUUCUUGCGCAGGGAGUAGGGCAGGGCAUUGGAUGCGGUCUGAUGUUUUGUCCCACCAUUGCGCUAACACCCACGUACUUUAGCAAGAAGCGAUCUGUUGCCAUUGGAAUCGUGGCUUCAGGAUCUGCAACUGGAGGGCUUAUCUUUCCUGCUGUUGUUAUGCGCCUAUUACCGCAGAUUGGAUAUGGAUGGACUAUGCGGACAUUGGGUUUCAUAUCACUAGCAACCCUGACACCCUGCUUGAUUUUCCUCCGACAACGACUGCCGCCGCGCAAAAAUGGACCUGUCGUUGAAUGGGCCGCUUUUAAAGAAUCAUCCUACUCAUUCUUCGCCAUCGGCAUGUUUCUCAACUUUUGGGGACUAUACAUCGGCUUUUUCUAUAUCGGAAGCUUCAGCCGCGAAAUCAUUGGUGUGUCGACGGAGACAUCGAUCUAUGUCCUUUUACUCAUGAAUGGUAUCGGCCUUUUAGGCCGUGUCAUUCCGAACUCCAUGGCAGAUCUGUAUACCGGCCCGCUGAACAUGUUGAUCCCAUUCAGCUUUGCUACAGGCCUUAUUGCCUUUUGUUGGGCAGGUGUGCACAACAUUAGCGGGGUGUACGGUUUUGCCGCCUUCUAUGGCCUUGCGGCAGCUGGGAUCCAGUCUCUCUUCCCGGCCACAUUGAGCACCCUUACAACCGACCUCAAAAAGAUGGGGGCGCGAAUGGGAAUGAUUAUGAGCGUAGUGGGAGUUGCGGCCCUAAUUGGGUCUCCUAUUGCCGGGGCGCUGGUCCAACGAGGAGACGGAGAUUACUUGUAUGCUCAAAUGUUCAUGGGCGGUGUGAUUAUUGCUGGGACACUGAACUUAAUUGCGGCUCGGACCGCUAAGUUGAGAGGAAGGCUUUCAACCAAACCUACAGUUACAUCAGACAUUUCUGCUUUAGUCUACAUCGAGUCGAGAUCGCUCUGCACUUCAAUACCCGCCAGCACCUACAAGAUGGCACCCCGUGGUCGUGGAGGAAAGUUCUCUAAGCCAAGUCGGGGAGGUGGAAAACACUUCAGCCGAGACAUCCAGACCGUCGAUAAAGAUGGGAACCCCGUUAGCAUGUGGCGCGACCCCGCCGAUGACCCCGAGUCCUCUUCCGAAGAAGAAGAAGAAGAAUCCUCCACAGAAGAGUCGGACGAGUCCUCCGACGAAGUCGGACCAAGCACCGGCACUUCCAAAUUACCCAGUGACGACCCAGCACAGGGGCAUUCCGAACUGACGCGCGAAGAACGCCGUGCCCUCGUAAAGGCAAAGAAAGCCGCUGGUGCAGCGCGCAGAGCCCAAGGCCCUGCACAGCCCGGCGACCUCCCGCCUAGCGACUCCGAGUCCGAGACACAACCUACCAAUAAUACCAGAAGUAACGGUACCAAAGGGAAAGACAAGGCAGUGGCUGCGGCGGAAGACCUAGGCGACGAAGACGAUGGCCUUGGCCUCCCUGCUAAUCCAAACUAUACAUCUAAACCCGUGAAAACAGAAGAUGAGGAGGGUGGGGAAAGCCAACUUUCACGCCGGGAACGUGAAGCCAUUGAAGCGCAGCAGGCGCGGGAGCGAUACAUGAAGCUUCAUGCGGAGGGGAAGACAGACGAAGCCAGGGCGGAUUUAGCGCGGUUAGCGAUCGUGAAGGAAAGGAGGGAGGCAGAGCGGCUAAGGAAGGAGGCCGAGAAGGAGGAGAAGGCAGAGAUUGCGAGGCAGAGGGCGGAAGAGAGGGAGAGGAAGUUAACUAAAGGGGGUGGGCCAAAGAAGAAGGGAGGAAAGAAAUAGAAAUGUCCAAUAUCCAUCGGCUGGGAUUGGGCUCAACUGGCUUUUCUUUUCUUUCUUUUCUUUCUUUUUUUUCUUUUGUUGCUAUGUGUGGACAAUAGAGUACGAUAUCAUGAUAGGCUAGAUAUUGAUGAAGACAGAGAAAGAUGCCGAAUCCUCUUUUACUCACUAGGCGAAGAACCGUAUAGCGAAUGCGACUGAGAUCGAAAACAGAUAUAACUAUACUAUGCACCUGCUGUAACCUGCUGAAGUAGAAACAAAUAAGACGUAACAAAAUAUAAACAUCCAUUUCAUGCACCAGCGCCAGCCCACUUUGCAACACGAAACUAUGUACGUAUCUAAACACCAACUUGAGGCCUCUUCGGCUAUACACCCCAGAACAACCCUUCCACGCUCCGUCCCUGCAUCACCACGCCCCACCCGGCAAUAAGACUAACAAGCCAC